AUGAGUACAGACUACUUUGAAUUGAUUCUGCCUCCACAAGAUGGCAUCUCAUCAUUGAACUAUAUACCUCAAUCAACACAACUGUUAGUCACAUCAUGGGAUUUGACUGUUAGAUGUUAUGAUACUGCAAGCAACUCACAGAGAUGGCAGUAUAAUCAUGAUGCGGCAGUGUUGGAUGGAUGUGCACCGGACAAGACAAGGGUGUACUCAUCGGAUAUUGAUGGAAUCAUAAAGAUGUAUGAUAUUGGAUCUGGUGUAGCAUCGGACAUUGGCUCACAUACAAAGGGCGUACGAUCACUGGCCUACGACUAUGAGACGUCGGUGCUGUUCAGUGGCAGCUGGGACUCGACGCUCAAGGGCUGGGACACGCGUGCCAAGCACGCCGAGACCAUUUGUCAUCAGCUCGACGCACAGGUCUACACAAUGUCCACCAACAAGAGUUGGCUGGUCGUAGGCACGGCCGACAAGAUGAUCACGAUAUUCGACACAAGAAACAUGAGCCAACCAGUGCAGAAGCGCGAGUCUAGCAUCAAGUUCCAGACACGAUGCAUUCGCACCUUUAUCGAUGGCACUGGCUACGCACUGGCCUCUGUCGAGGGCAGAGUUGGCAUGGAGUACUUUGAUCCACAAGAGCAGGCCGCAAAGAAAUACGCAUUCAAAUGUCAUCGAGCCAAUGAAGGUGGUGUAGAUGUUGUAUAUCCAGUCAAUGUAAUGACAUUCCAUCCAAUAUAUGGAACAUUCGCGACAGGUGGAUGUGAUGGCAAUGUAUACUACUGGGAUGGACAAAACAGGAAGAGACUAUUCCAUCUGAAACACUAUCCAACAUCAAUAUCAGCCAUGUCCUUCAGCUCUGAUGGUACACAAUUGGCAGUAGCAUCAUCCUACACCUAUGAAGAGGGAGAGAAAGACCAUCCAAACGAUCAAAUAUUUAUCCACACUGUUAAUGACAAGAUCAAACCAUUUGAGAAGGCCAAGGAAUGA